CAAUUCGUUCCAUGUCAGCCGAGGAGAUUACUGAAGAAAAAUGACGUCAUACACAGAUAAAGGUCCAAAGCCAGAAUCUGGGAAAUUUCUUAGCUUUGCCCAUGUAACGUUCUGGGUUGGAAAUGCAAAACAGGCAGCCUCUUAUUACUGUACCCGCAUGGGAUUUGAACCAUUUGCUUACAAAGGGCUGGAGACAGGAAGUCGUGAAAUUGCAGCACAUGUUGUUAAACAGAAUAAAAUCAUAUUUGCCUUCCAGUCCAUGCUGAAUCCAGAUGAACCAAAAGAAUUUGGUGCCCAUCUUGUGAAGCAUGGUGAUGGUGUGAAGGAUGUAGCUUUUGAAGUAGAAGAUUUACCUGCUAUUUUCAAAAGAGCUGUAGGCAGAGGUGCUUUAGUUGUGAAGGAGCCAUGGGAAGAGAGUGAUGAGAAUGGCACUGUCAAGUUUGCUCAGGUCCAGACGUAUGGAGAUACUACCCAUACAUUGAUAGACAAAUCAAAGUACAAAGGAUUAUUCCUACCAGGAUAUCAACCAACCAAAUUUAAAGACCCACUCAGUGAUAUGCUACCUACAAUUGGUUUAAACUUCAUUGAUCACAUUGUUGGGAACCAGCCAGAUGAGGAAAUGGUACCAGUAUCAGACUGGUAUGAGAAAAAUUUGAUGUUCCAUCGGUUCUGGUCUAUUGAUGAUUCUCAAUUGCACACAGAAUAUUCAGCAUUAAGAUCCAUUGUUGUAACAAACUAUGAAGAAACUAUCAAAAUGCCAAUUAAUGAACCAGCACCUGGUAAGAGGAAAAGUCAGAUUCAGGAAUAUGUGGACUUUUAUGGAGGAGCAGGUGUACAGCAUAUUGCUAUGCAGUCAGAUGAUAUUAUCAGUACAGUAACUAAGUUACGGGAGAGAGGGAUGAUGUUUUUAGACAUACCAGAUACUUACUACAAAAAUCUCAGGGAAAGACUGAAGAAGUCAAAAUGUAAAGUCAAGGAAAAUUUAGAUACAAUACAAAAACUGAAGAUUUUGAUUGAUUAUGAUGAGAAUGGUUACUUGCUACAAAUAUUUACCAAGAUUAUGCAGGACAGACCCACAUUGUUCUUAGAAGUUAUACAGAGGAAAAACCAUCAGGGUUUUGGUGCUGGGAACUUCAAAUCAUUGUUUGAAGCCAUAGAAAUUGACCAAGCAGCGAGAGGCAACUUGUGAUUUCAUGGAGACCAGACAAUCUUAACAUUCCAGGGAUUCUUGAAUACACUUACAUAACAGUCUGUUGUACCAGUGGAGCAUUUAGAAAUCUCAACAUUGCAUAGUACAAAAUUGACAUGAACCAGAUUUUUUGUUUAAAAAUUUAUAGCUUAAAGACCAUUUCAUUUCAUUGGAGGUUCUUAUUACCGAAAUACAUUUACUGAAAUUUAAUCAAAUUCAACCAAACAAGUUAUCAAACAUGCUAUGCAAUAAUUCUGUUGUUCACUCCCUCAGGUUAAUUCUCAGAAAAAAAAGUUAUUGUUUUUGAGAAGAUAUUGUUUUCAGCUAUUUUUAAAUGAUGCUUCUGUAUGACAAAUUAUCCUAAGAGCUUUUUAUUAUCUAUAUUUAUGUAUUCAGAUUUUAUUCAUAGUUUAAACCAAAGACUUUUCAGUAUUUUGUCAACUUUAUAAAAAAGGUGAAAACCAUUUUCAAUAAAUCACCAAUUUUCAUAAUUUUUUUUAUCAAGAAUUGGUUUGCAUGUCCAUUUUAAAAAUUAAAACUUUAAACACAAUCACAUCAAUAAUUAUUGAAGAUUUGCUUGUUCAUUGAGUUUUUUGUAACAAAUCUUGAAAUCCAUUAAAAUAAGUAUUUCAUGAAUAAAGUUCAAGUGAAGUAAGAAACUGUGUGGUACUCUAAGUCCUUUGUUAUAUGUGCUAGUCAUUUUAUAAGUUAAACAAAAUAUUUGUCUACUUUGUAUUUGCAUUUGUUUUUAUCUUAUUUCAAACACUAUUGCUUAUUUUUGUUAACCCAAGCUGGUUAUAUGUCAUGAAUUAACAGCAGUAUUAUUUUUGUGUUUAUUAUAUCACUAUGUACUAUGUACUUUUUUUAUCACUGGUGACUUUUCUGAGACUCCUCCCCCGUCUUAAUUAUCUGUAUAAAAAAGUAAUGUCAAAGUAAGUAAUUUUUGAAUCAAGAUUGCUAUCUGUCAAUUUAUUGACUUAUUGAAAGACUGUUUACAUGCAAUUUCUCUUCUGUAGCAGUAAAAUAGUAAGUUAUUGAUAAGUUUUAACUCAUUAAAAUUUUAUUAAAGAAAAUGAAAUCCAUGAAUUCCUAUUUCCACAAAUUAAAAAAAAAGUAUUUACAGGAUAAGGAAAUCCAUUGAAAAUUUCGAGAAAGGUUAAUAAAUAUACACUCCUCAUAGGGCAGACAUCUUAGGAUAACAUAAUGUUGUUGUAUUGAGGUAACAUUAAUUUCAUGAACUGUAACAAGUAUAGCAAGUAUUGGUAAACUUCAAAGAUCCCAGAAAAUAAAUCUCACAUAACAAUUCAGGAUAAGAUUUAUAAAAAAACCUGUACUGUUGGCCUAGAUCCCAGAAAAUAAAUCUCACAAAACAAUUCAUGGUUAAGGUUUAUUUAAAAAUCUGUAUCUCUGGCCUAGAUCCCAGGAAUUUAAUCUCACAUAGCAAUUCAGGGUAACAUUUAUUUAAAACCUGUAAACAUGGUAAUGGUAAAAUUUGAUCUGAUGACUUCUGAUGAUUCUCUAAGAUCUGUAUGUGUUAAAUGAUGCUUAAUUAUUGGCCUGUUAGUCUUACUCCGUCAAGUCAGUGCAGCUGUAUAAAAACUUGUGGAUCAUAAACAGAUCAGGGUCCUCAUUAUCGUUGACUGUAAGAACACUGGCCUAAGAUUAAAUGAUUUUUAUGUAUAAUUGUUACAGUCCUAUUGUUUUAUUGUAUAUAUUCCAAUUUGAAAUAUAUUUCAAUAUUAAUUGAAUUUAAUUAUCAAUUUGUGUGCCAAAAGAAAUUGCUUUGCAUGAAAGGUGAUAAAAAUGUUGCUAUUGUUUAAACAAAGAAAGAAUGAUAUUCAAUGUUGUGAAGGAUUCAAUCUCAUUUACUUGUAAAUAUUGUGACAAGUUUUAUUUUAUUGUUAUUUGAAAUUUUAUUUUAAUUCUGAGUGAUGAUGGAUUUAUUCCCUCCCCUGUAUUUUCUCUGUAUACUGUUUGAUAUAUGUGUGGUUUAGAAUUAUUGGGAUAUGAGAUGGUUUCUAUAGAAACAACAGCCCAAUGGUAGGCAGCUUAUAAUGGUUGUAUACAAUUUUGAGUUUUGUUUACAUGAAAACAACAGCUUUGCAUGUGUGCGUAAAUAUCAAGAAAAUAAGAAUGGAUGUACCCGUUUUUUUAUCUGGGAAAUGUUUGGUGAACAGAUCAUUCUCAACUAAUAAAUUUCUACUAUUGAGUUUUUGAGUUCUCUCAUAAAAGAAUGAUUUCUUCAAAUGAGAUAGAUAUAAAUGAUGGAGUUUAAAACAGUAUAGAAAUGUAUAAUGGUGACCUAUAUUUUGAAUUCAAUUUGAAAGAAUAAACUUUUAUAAAUUUUAGAAAGGGCAUUUUUUUGGAAAACAUUUAACUUUUGUGCGCCAUUUACAUUAUACAUAAACAAAGUUUAUUCAGGUAUACCAUUAAUCACAAUGUUUGAUUUGGUGAAAGAUAUGUUUGAUGAUAUAUUUCAUUGAUUGCUUUUACAAUAUCCUGCACCAGGGUAAUUUUGUGUAUAACAUUUGAAUGAACCAAUUCUUCAUGUUAUGGAAAAACUCAUCAAUUAUACCAGGCUUAUAAUUUGAAUGGUGUGAUGAAUAUGUUCAGAAUUAAAUAGAUUUGAAAACAGGUGAUCCCCCCCCUUUUUUUUCAAUAACUACUAAUGGUAUAAAGUAAAUGACCCAUAAAUACUUCCUUUUAGAAGGGAUUGGUUAGAACUAUCUCUAUUUAAAGAAAGAUAAUCAUUUAAUACUGCAAAUUGAAAACUGUUAGAAAAUUUAACAAUUGUACACUCUUGGCUUUUAAAUAUUUGGCUUUGGGCGUUCCUGAUGAAAGUACAUCUAGAAAAAUUCUUUGGAUGCAUGAAAUUUAUAAAGUGUUGUUUUCAUGUUUUAUUGAGAUUACCUGUCUGUAGUAAAUUAGGCAAAUUUAUAUAUUAAUAAUCAGAAAAAUAUUGGAAGAGGAAUAUAGGUGAAUUUCAUAUUUACUCAUGUUUCAUACAUUUUUGUUUUGCACAAUUAUAUAGACAAGUUGAUUGGUGUAUAAGUAAAAGGACAGAAGGACAAUUAAAAUGAAUUUGUUUAAAAUUUUUUGAAAAAUGGUUUUGAUCAAUGAAAUUGUUGAUACUUUAAUUUUAUGCAUUUAGAAUUUAUGUUUAUUACUAGGUGCUGUUAUUUUUUGUUAAGUUUAUGGGCUUUAUGAUGUUUUGAUUUUCAGUAAUAAAGGUUUGUUGUCAUCUAUACAGGUAAUAGGCUGAAUGACUUUUGUGAUAAAUUUGACACAUUAAUUUCUUUUAAUGAUAGUCAGUUUUAAUAUCAUAAUAAUCAAGAAGGCCCUGAACUAAAAGACAUGUUAACAUUUCUCUGAAUUUCAAAAGCAAAUUCCUUUUAUUUACAGUCCCUUUAAAUGAGAACAAAGAACAGAAUAGAGGCUGGAAACUGCAUAGCACUAUCUAUUGUAAAUAAAAUCAAUGCUCAGACGCUGAUAAAAGGUAUCAUACAUGUCAUAAAAAGAGUUUAUAUUUUUACAUAUAUUUCUGAUCAUCAUAGUGCUUUUUAUGCCGGAUCAGACUUUGCUUGCAGUGCUUGCUUGUUAAGGAAUUUUGAAGAUCAAUUUUGUUAAACAGAUCUCAUCAUUAUUUUGAAUUUAUAUGUACAUGUUUACUCAGUGACAAACAACUAGAGAUUGUUCUAUUUAGCAUUUACAUGUGGGUUUAGUACAUAUAGUUAUUAUACAAUAAAUAAAUUUUGAAAACCA